AUGCUACUCAUCAGCUGCCUCGUCUACGCCUUGGUCGCUGCUCUCGCUGCUGCAGCAUCAAAUGGCCAUCGCUCGCAAUCCCACCUUGGCCGCCGCCUGCUCCCUCAGCCCAAGCAGAAGAACGGCGCAUCAUUCGCUUUCCCAACAAAGGAUCCCUUCUAUCGCGUGCCCGCCGACGUUGGCAAGUAUCCCUUGGGCGCCAUCUUGGGCACUCGUCAGGGCAACGCAGACGCCUUUGGCCAAUUUGCUGCAGAGGCCCACCAAAUCCUCUACCUCACCACCGACUACACGGGCGCACCAGACGCAACGGUAGCCACCAUCGUCAUCCCCAUUGCUCCUCGACCUGGCAAGCCCAAGGCACUCGCCAUUGGCAGCGCAGUCGGCUCGGCCAGCAUCGACUGCAGUCCCAGCUUCGCCUAUGCCAACCCAGACAAGUCCAAGAAUCUACCCCUAGUCAACAUCGUUGACUCGCCCGCUUCCACCGCUGCCCUCUUUCGCGGCUGGUACGUCGUCAUCCCUGAUGCGCUGGGAUCCAAGUCCUCCUUCCUCAAUGGCUUGACCGAGGGUCGCGCAAUGCUCGACGGCAUCCGAGCCUCUCGCAACUUCGCAGCUCCCCUCAAGAAUGCAGACUUUGCCAUGAUGGGCUACUCGGGCGGUGGUCACACCGUCGGUUGGGCGGCGCAGGAGGCAGCCAGCUACUACCCUGACUCUCCCAUCAUUGGCAUGGUCACCGGAGGCAUGCCUGCCGAUACGAACAACACAUUCUACACCCUUAAUGGCGGCGAAUACUCCGCCCUCGGCUUCCAAGGCGCAGCAGCAAUGGGACACGCACGCCCAGACGUCCAAGCCGUAUUCGACCAGCACAUCACGCACGCAGGUCGAGCCAACUUCACCAAGAUGCUGAGCGGCGAGUGGUGCUUGAUCCAGUCGUCACGAAAUCUCUCUGGAGUUCCCGUGCAGACUGCUUUCACAGGCGGCGACAUCUUCCAGAAUCCCGUCGUUGCCAAGCACAUGGAGGAGGAGAAGCUAGGCAAAAGGGUCAAUCGCAUCUCUUCCAUCUAUUACCACGCCCGCAAUGACCAGAUUGUUCCCUGGCCCCAGAUGGUUCACUAUAUCAACCAGCAAUGCGAGCAGGAGGGUGCUCGUCUCCAACUUUCAUGGGCUACGGCGACGGGACACAUCUUGAGCGGACUGCGUUUCAUGCCUGCGAUGCUGAACAGCCUUGUCCAGGUGCUGGAGCAGGGCUACAAAGUCAAGACGUGCGGCAUUGAUGCGCAGUCGAUUCCUCCUGUCCCUGAAGGCGGGCCAGGUCUUACGGAUCUCAUUGGUCACGGCGCCGCAAACUCGAUUGCCUACUGGCGGGCCCAAGCCAAGAACGGUCUCUUCCCACUCUAG